AUGGGCAGGGAACCGUGGCCGUCUGGCACGGUCCAUCUCUGCGGGUACCUGGCAGCCAGGUCGCUUUUUUGUUCCUUGCAGGGGCACGGCGCCCAGAGCUCGGUGGCCAUGCGACCUCUCAGCGGGUACAUGACUUUGCACAAGCCAAUUGAGCGCCAUGCCAAUCAGCAACCGCCGUGGUUUUUCAUUAUUGGUGAAGCAAUAUUCAAAAGAGUCGAGACCCCGAUGGAGGUUUCUCCCGUUUCUCCUCAGGGGGUUAGUUUAAGUCGCGGCACUGCAGCGCCAGCCCAGAUGGUGGGGCCGCAGAGCGGGAACCCUGCAGAUUCCUUACCGAUCGCGGGCUUCUGCGACAAAAACACCCCCCGAAUAUCUUGCAUCUUCCCGAUGCGGCAGACGGCGGGUUUAGGGGCACAGGGCGGUCGCUUCAGGAAGCACAUUGAUUGA